UUGUUAUUCAGCUGCAUUCAGCCAUUGAACAAUUACCUGCUCUUUUAUUUGUACGACUUGAAUGACACUUUGACACUUCCAGUGUCUGUCAGGAGAUUGUUUUGGUCUCUCUGUUGCAAUGUCGGACGAUAGUAUUUUUGAGUAUUUGCAUACAGAAAUCGUAAACUAUACCCUACUGCAAAGCAAGGAAAAUGAUUUGUCCACCCUCGAGUAUAUAGGAUACACAACAGGCUACAGGCUAAUCGAACGUCUCACCCGGGAAUGGACUCGAUUCAAAGACGAGCUUGAAACCAUGAAGUUCAUAUGUACUGAUUUCUGGACAGUGAUUUAUAAGAAACUCGAUAAUCUUCGUACGAACCAUCAAGGGGUGUAUGUACUUCAAGAUAAUGCCUUCAGAUUCCUCACGAGAAUAUCACCCAAGCAUUUAGAACACGCUCCAAAGUUUGUUGCUUUUACCUGUGGUCUGGUGCGUGGAAGUUUAGCUAAUUUAGGUAUAAACAGUACUGUUACGGCAGAGGUGCAGUCCAUGCCUUCAUGUAAAUUCCAUAUACAAGUUAAUAGAAAUUAAAUUUAGUAAGUUCA